AUGCCCCCCCCUGCGCCCGGGGCCCGGCUCCGGCUUCUCGCCGCCGCCGCCCUGGCCGGCCUGGCCGUCAUCAGCCGAGGGCUGCUGUCCCAGAGCCUUGAGGUCAACUCACCGGCGGACAACUACACAGUGUGCGAAGGUGACAAUGCCACCCUCAGCUGCUUCAUUGAUGAGCAUGUGACUCGUGUGGCCUGGCUGAACCGCUCAAACAUCCUGUAUGCUGGCAACGAUCGCUGGACCAGUGACCCUCGGGUGCGCCUGCUGAUCAACACUCCUGAAGAAUUCUCCAUCCUCAUCACCCAGGUGGGACUGGGUGACGAAGGCCUCUAUACCUGCUCCUUCCAGACCCGCCACCAGCCGUACACCACUCAGGUCUACCUCAUCGUCCAUGUCCCUGCCCGCAUUGUGAACAUCUCCUCACCUGUGACCGUGAAUGAGGGGGGCAAUGUGAAUUUGCUCUGCCUCGCUGUGGGGCGUCCAGAGCCCACUGUCACCUGGAGGCAGCUCCGAGACGGCUUCACCUCGGAGGGCGAGAUCCUGGAGAUUUCGGACAUCCAGAGGGGCCAGGCCGGGGAGUACGAGUGCGUCACUCACAACGGGGUUAACUCCGUGCCCGACAGCCGCCGCGUGCUCGUCACAGUCAACUAUCCCCCGACCAUCACCGACGUGACCAGCGCGCGCACCGCCCUGGGCCGGGCCGCCCUCCUGCGCUGCGAAGCCAUGGCGGUGCCCCCGGCAGACUUCCAGUGGUACAAGGAUGACAGACUGCUGAGCGGCGGCGCGGCCGAGGGCCUGAAGGUGCAGACGGAGCGCACCCGCUCCAUGCUUCUCUUCGCCAACGUGAGCGCCCGGCACUACGGCAACUACACCUGCCGCGCGGCCAACCGGCUCGGAGCUUCCAGCGCCUCCAUGCGGCUCCUGCGCCCAGGAACCCUGGAGAACUCAGCUCCAAGGCCCCCAGGGUCCCUGACCCUCCUCUCCGCCCUGGGCUGGCUGUGGUGGAGAAUGUAGCUGUCACCCAGCGCAAGGAGCCUCCCCCUGCAGGGGGCCUCGGGCCAAGAGCAAGAGAGAAAAGGGGGGAAGCAAGCGCCGUGGGUCUCGAAGGGGAUGGAGGAGCUGUCAGCCACGGAGGGAGAAGAGAGGAAGAGGAGGAGGAGGAAGAAAGAUCUUUAGAGAACCCAUCACUGUGAGGGAUAACGCAAAAUUAUGCAUCUUUCUACAGCCAUUCUCGCCACCCGUUCACAUUUCCGAUUGUGAUCCACCCCCAGCCACCCCACACCCCUCUCUUAGCUCAGGCUGUUAACUGGCUCGUGUGUGUGGGUGGGUUGUGAGUGUGAGCCCGCAUGUUGUUUGUGUGUGUGUGAGAGAGAGAGAAAGAGAGAGAGAGGGUAGGCUGGGGGGAGGGGACUAGGAGUCCUCCGUCCCUGGCACCCCUAUGGCCCUGGCCCAACCUGGCUGCCUCUCUCUUCUGGCUAGAGGUAGGUAUAGGGGCUUCGUGGUGGAAGCUUCCAAAAGACUACUGCCAGGUUCCACUUUCCCAUAUAUGCACGCAUACCCACCCUUCCCCCUGUUGAAGGGGGGCCCCUGGGCCGGCAGGUGAGGUAGGUGUCAGGUGUCAUCCAGCCUCUGUGAACAGGUGGGGACCUCCUUCACAGCUCAGUUCCUCCCAGCUCUGCCACCAGCUGUCUGCAGCCAGAGGCCCCGUCGCUAGCUCAGUGGCCUGAGACCUUCCUCCCUUGCCCUGCCCUUCCCUCCCCUGGACUUUCUGGCCCUCUCCUGGGCCAAUCGGUGCUUCCAUUCUACUGUCAGUGCUUUGCCCCGCCCCCACCUCCACUCCCCUUGGCCACAGUGGCACCCACCAGCUGCCUUCGGGGGCUCUUGCAGCUGGCCCACAGGUGUGGGCUCCCUGGCCACCUGCUCCUUGGCUUCUCCACUCUCUGUACCUCCCAAAGGCUGCCCUGACUGCCUUCCCAUACACUCAGAUACACAUGUGCGCGCACGCGCGCGCACACACACACACACACACACACACACACCAGCGACUGACCAGCAAUAGAUCUGUCUCCAGCUGUCCUGCAGCCUGUAAUCAUCAGUAGUCCCCUCAAGGGGGUUCACUGUUACCAGGACAGGACUCUGACAGGCUCUGAGUGUGGGAAGAUUCCAGCCCAGUACACUGCACUUCACAGCAGGGGGAAGAGAGGCAAACCGCAGAUAUCCUGAGCCCAUGGAAAGGCACCAUGUUGCACACCCUGACUUUGAUAACCACCCACCCCAAACCACACCAUCCAGCGCCUGGUUGGGAAGAGGGCAGAGAGGAGCAGGGGUCAAGGGGCAGUGACUGUACCUCAGACGGGGGCGUGGGCCCCAUCCCACAUUGUCUUCCAUUCCCAGGGUCCGGG